UUUGCAAUGAUUCAACCGUGCGUGUAUGCUUUUGUAACCUUAUUCUUCAUAGUUACGUGUGAGUCCGCAAGAAUAUUAGCCAUAUUUCCAGUGCCGUCCAUAAGCCACCAGGUCGUGUUUCGUCCCAUCACCCAGGGACUCGCGAGAAAUGGCCACGAAGUCGUCGUCAUGACCCCCGACCCAGUGUUCACGAAAACCCAACCACCGGCAAACCUAACAGAGAUCGACGUCCAUGAUAUAUCUUACAAAAUAUUCAGGGAAAUACUGCUCAAGAUGCCCAUGGGAAGCAAAGGAAGCUUGGCCACCCAGAUGGACGGCCUCGUCAAAGUGUUCUCAGACGUGUUCGAGGAACAGAUAAAAACUGAAGGAAUGCAGAAAAUCAUCAACAACAAAAUGCAAAAGUUUGAUUUGCUGCUGAUCGAGGCAUGCGUCAAACCCGCUCUGAGUUUCUCGCAUAUUUUCAAAGCACCUGUGAUCUUGGUUAGUUCUUUAGGACAAGUUCUAGACAAUAACAAUGUUAUAGGAGUGCCGAAUCAUCCAACUAGGUAUCCGGCAUUAAGACAGAGGCUGUACAAUCUAACCGUCUGGGAGAAGUUCAGCGAGUUCAAAUACUACUGGGAUCUGAUGUCCAUAAUACAGGAGCAGGAAGAAAAGGAUAAUGUGAAACUGAGGAAGUAUUUUGGACAGGACAUGCCGACUCUCACGGAACUCGGCAACAAUGUUGAAAUGCUGUUUUUGAAUUUGAAUCAAAUAUGGGCGGGCAAUUAUCCGGUGCCCCCGAGUGUUAUAUUCAUGGGUGGUUUACAUCAAAAACCAAAGUUGGAUUUGCCAAAGGAUUUACAAGCAUCCCUCGAUUCUUCAAAGAACGGAGUAAUAUAUUUCAGUCUGGGAACCAACUUCGCCCCUUUAUCUAAACAACAGCUACAGAUUUUUGUGAACGUAUUCUCCAAACUACCGUACGAUGUCUAUUGGAUCUAUUAUCAUGAAGCUGAAUUCCCAGAGUUGACAGAGAACAUCAAAAUAUUCAAAUUCUUACCACAAUCGGACCUUUUGCGGCAUCCAAAAAUCAAGCUAUUCAUAACACAAGGUGGUAUCCAGUCUACUGAUGAAGCCAUUACUGCUGGUGUACCGAUGGUCGGUCUACCGAUGUUGGCAGACCAGUGGUACAAUGUGGAACAGUUCGUCUUCCACGGGAUAGGCAAAGCACUCGACAUAGAGACACUGAACGAGAAAGAUUUAAUGGAAGCCAUAAAAACUGUGAUUGAAGAUAAAAGCUACCGAGACAACAUUAAGAAUCUGCGCACGCUCAUUUUGGACCAACCGCAGAAGCCUCUAGAACGUGCUCUGUGGUACAUCGAGCACGUAUUACGACAUAAAGGAGCGAGGCACCUCCGGUCACCAGUGGCCAAUAUGUCCCUAGCCGAGUUCAUAGAGUUGGACAUGAUCGUUGUUGCUGUAGUGAUAUUGCUUGCGAUGCUAGUGAUGGCAGCAGCGGUCUUGUAUAAAGCUUAUAGAAUCCUUACGCCGAGUGUGAAGGAGAAGAAAAAUUAAUAUUACCUCA